AUGCAGCGGACCAUCUGGCUGCUCUUUCUGCUGGUCCUGAAACGAGGAAACCAUACCCAGCAAUCAGAUGAUAAUGGCGUUUUGUACCUAAGUCCGACUAACAAUCUACAGAAUGCAAAUGAUGAAGCCAUUUACCAGUACAGGCUUAAUCUUCAAAGUGCACUAAAGGAAAUACUAUCCGAUCUACCCGAUACCCGGAAGAAAAAAAUACGUCAAGCCCUGCAGGAAGCACUGGCAGGAUUAACUGGCUUGAAUUUGGCCAUCACACCACUGGCAGUGAAUAUUGGGAAUAUAAAAAAGCAGCAGACGGAACUAAAUUGGCAACUUAAGCACCAGGAGGAAUGGAAGUUUUGGGCUGCAGCUAAAGUUCAGAAAGUGUGGGAAUCCACGGACGUUCUGAUAGUCGCCGAAGUUGUCUCCAUCACCGAAAACCUUUACAAUCGCUAUGGCCUCCAAUUGCGCAACUGUGUGGGUGAUUUUCUCUGGGUUCAGAUUCGUUUUAACCAGCACUUGAAGGAGAUCUUGAGCAAACUGCUGAGCCCCACCUCAGAGUUAGUCCAUGCCACGGAAAUGUGUCCCAGUAUCAAGCCUAAGAAAUGCCGGAAAGCUGUGAGGAAUGCACUUAAUGUCCUCCAGGAUGCACCACAGAAUCUCCAUGACCUUUGGACCCAAUCCGAUAAGAUAAAGGAUUCCCAAAAGCAAUGUAAUCUUUGCCUGGAAAAAACUUUAGAUGACUACGCCGAAGAGCGGAUUGAAUUGGAAAAGCAGCUGGAAAGAAUAAUCGAUGAAUAUCGAGAGAGUAUGACCACCGUUCAAUAUUAGGUGAAAUUUAUAUAUUUAUACAAUUAUAGCAUAGGCAAACAUAAAGUACAGACAGCACAUAAGCAGGACAUCUUCGGCACCAACAAGUUUAAGGGCAGCAUAUUAAUAAUAAAGUUAUAAUUUCAUUGCGA